AUGUUAAAGAAGAAACUUGUUGAAAGAAAAACUAUUGAGGUCACUCGUGGGGUUAGCACUGUCGUGGAUAGCAAGGUUACAGAAAAGAAAGAAACUUGCACAAUUGGGACGCAUGAAUUUGCAAAAGCACAAUUUGCAUUUACUAUUCCUUGCACAAUUGGGGCGCGUGAAUUUGCAAAAGAUCUAUGUGACCUUGGUGCAAGCAUCAACUUAAUGCCUUUUGUCAUAUACAAGAAACUUGGUUUGGAUACCCCGAUGCCGACCUCUAUGUGGCUCUUGAUAGCGGACCGGUCUAUAAAAAGGCCGGUGGGUAUAUUGUUUGAUGUCCUUGUAAAAGUGGACAAGUACAUUCUCCCGAUGGAUUUUAUGAUAUUGGAUUAUGAAAUAGACCAAGAGGUGCCUAUCAUUCCUGGUCAUCCUUUCUUAGCCAUUGGGAGAGCCAUUGUCAAUCUAGAGCUGGGGGAGAUGAAAUUUAGAGUACAAAAGGAUGAGGUCUCUUUCAAAAUUUACAAGUCAAAGAAGAAAACCGUAGAGUUGCAAGUAGUAUCUGUGGUGGGUGUGGAAAAUUAG